AGCCAAGGCUACUAAGUAUGGAUGCUGGUCCUGAUCACAUUACCAUGAAGAGAAAAGUCUUUUUAUUUGCUGUGGGAUGCUGCCAGCCUUAUAUACCAGAUCUGACUCUUGAGCUGAUGCUAGUGGUUGCCCGCCUCUCUACCCUUGAACUCUCACCACCCAGUUUCUUGUCAGGUCAGGAGAACAUAAAAAGUCAAGAUGUCGCAUCAUAAGAUGACCUCAAGUCGCAAGCAUCAUCUGAAGAGUGUGAUGCUUGCGAUUGCUGAGCAACGUAUGGAGAAGGAGAAGGUUGAGAUUGCAGCAGCCAAAGAUGCCUACCUGAAUGAGAAAUGUCCUGAGCUUUCUCUGCCCGGCAGUCUGGAGGAUCUUCAGAAACUGUGCAAAGAGAUCCAUCAGAAGAUUGACAAAGCGGAUGAGGAGAGAUACGACGCUGAUGCCAAAGUGACAAAAGGAGCUAAGGAGAUUGACGAACUGAUGUUCAAGGUAACUGACUUGAAGGGUAUGAAGAAGCCAGCUCUGAAGAAAGUACGUAUGUCUGCCGAUCAGAUGCUUCAGGCUCUGCUAGGCUCCAAGCACAAGGUCACCAUGGACUUGAGAUCCAACCUGAAGCAGGUGAAGAAGGAGGUCAAGCAGGAGGCGACUGGCGACUGGCGCCAGAACGUUGAGGACAAGAAGGACAAGAAGAAGAUGUUUGAGGGUGCUGAGGCGUAAAUUCAAGAGUAAAUUUAGCCUCCCGUUCAUACUUUUCAGCAGGCACCAGGAGUACAGUUGCCUGAAAAACACAUUGUAACCCUGGACAAAGUAGAUGGAGGAAAAAGACCAAGUGAUGUGCUUCUUUGCUCCAUGUCUUUUAUGUUGUCUGUGCGUCUAUCUUGACAGAAACAAAUGCCUUUCAUUCUCAAAAUGUACUGUAUGUAGAGCAGACAUGUUUGCUAGAGACUACAAUCAUUAAACAAUGCCUUUUAAAGAA